CAAAACUCUACUCUAUAUUCUACAGUAGAGUUAACUCCGAGUAGAGAUAAGGGUGAGAAUUGAGAUGGUCUCAUGGUUACUUUUUUAACUCUCAACCCGCACAUCACAAACUUCACUCGCUGAACACACUGUUACAAAUCACAGCAGCCGAUCGAGAAAGGAAAACGAUAAAGAAAUCUUGCCCAAUUAGAGCAAUGGGCAUCGACAAGGAGUUGCUGAGGCCCGGCACCGGCCCUAAACCUGUCCCCGGCCAAAACGUCACCGUUCACUGCACCGGAUUCGGAAAAAAUGGCGAUCUUACCAAAACAUUCUGGAGCACCAAAGAUCAAGGACAAAAGCCUUUCACUUUCCAAAUCGGCCAGGGCAAAGUUAUCAAAGGAUGGGAUGAGGGAGUGUUAGGGAUGCAAGUGGGAGAAGUUGCUCGUCUUCGGUGCUCUCCGGACUAUGCUUAUGGCCCAAGUGGCUUCGCGGCUUGGGGCAUUCAGCCAAACUCAGUUCUGAUUUUCGAGAUUGAAGUUCUGAGUGCUGAGUAAAUUAACCAGGUUGUUAAACUUUGUGUUCCUUUUGCUUGGGCUUCAAGUGGUGCUUUUUUAUGUGAACUUUGUGUUGUGGAUGUUUUUGAACUGGUUUCUUUGUCUAAGACCUGAAAUAUUACCUUAUCAAUAAAGAGAAGGGGAAAGAGUGUGGCAAAUAAUGAAAAAUUAAAGGCACCAUUCGAUUGAUAUCUGUUCUGUUAUAUGGAUGGUUUAUGAUAAUAAGUUGAUUAAAAUGUCCUAAACUUAUGAUUACAUGUUUGAAUUGAAAGCCAUAAUAAGUCUUGUUAAUGAUGAAUUGAAA